AUGUUUGGAGGAUACUACAUCAUCAAAUAUGUUUUGGCGCAGAUGAAUCUCGAUCCCGAAGCAGAGCAGAAAGAACAGAACCGAUUACAAUCCGCCGCGAUAUUGCGCCGACUCGACGACCCUAAGAGCAACCAACCGUCAACAUCAUCAGAUCCCAGACGGCCACGAAAAGAAGAUUUGCGCCUGACCCAAUAUGAAGAAAUCAUCUUGCAAGAGCUUGUGUUUCCAGAAGAUAUACCUGUGUCAUUUGAGGACAUCGGAGGCUUGUCGGACAUUAUAGAGGAUUUGAGGGAGUCAGUGAUAUAUCCUUUGACUUUACCGGAACUCUACGCCAACUCCUCCUCGCUACUGGCGGCACCUUCGGGGGUGUUGCUAUAUGGCCCCCCCGGAUGUGGGAAGACGAUGCUAGCCAAGGCGCUCGCCCACGAGAGCGGUGCCUGUUUCAUCAAUCUGCACAUUUCGACGGUCACGAACAAAUGGUUCGGAGACUCCAACAAGCUGGUCAACGCCGUCUUCUCGCUCGCCCGCAAGCUGGAGCCUGUCAUUGUCUUCAUUGACGAGAUCGACGCAGUCCUGGGUACUAGACAUAGUGGCGAGCAUGAGGCGAGUGGAAUGGUCAAAGCCGAAUUCAUGACACAUUGGGAUGGUCUGGCUUCAGCCAGCACUUCAGGCCGGCCCCAACGGAUCCUGAUCCUGGGUGCCACCAAUCGGAUCAACGACAUUGACGAUGCGAUCCUCCGACGCAUGCCCAAAAAAUUCCCCAUCUCGUUGCCGAAUGCUUCGCAACGGCUCAAGAUCCUCAAGAUCAUCCUCCGGGACACCAAACUCGACAAGGACGGUCUCGACCUGGAAUAUCUGUCAAGGGUGAUGGCAGGAAUGUCUGGAAGCGAUAUCAAAGAAGCCUGUCGAGAGGCCGCAAUGACACCUGUUCGAGAAAUGAUACAACGACAGAGGCAGAGUGGACAGCGCAUAGAGGACAUGAGAGCAGGGGAGGUACGAGGUCUCCGCACUGCAGAUUUCUUCCUGCGAGCUCGUAAUCCGAAACCGGCCGUGGCCGAGAAGGGUGGGAAGGAUGAGAAAGAAUGGAGCACAGAGUCGUCGUCUCCCAUAGCAGAAGAUUUGCAGGAAGCCGUUGAGGAGAUCGAACGACCAGACUGA